AUGGUGGCUAAAUCACAAUCAGCCUGCUUCUAUUCACUUAAGCUACGCGCUAUCCAUGGGUAGAUAUUGGAUAUGUGUACCCUAGGAUACGCCUUCUCUGGGCUUCUUGUCCUGAUUCCAUCGGAUAGCAUGGUGUACUUGAGUCGUGUUGAAUGUAAAGAACAGGAAUGAUUCACCUCAUUUUUUGUUCGGACUGCGGGUAAGCAGAUUUAGGUCGAACAUGCGUAUGAAAAAAGUAUGCCAUGGACAGUGACGGGCCGGCUCGGCCCGUUUAUUUUGCGUUGCAGACUAGUACCGCCCCCUUUUACCGCCACGGCCACCGUGGCCAUCAACCAUGCUCAUGCCUCCGGGUCUUCGCCGUUCUCGCUUGAAUCUAGCCCAAUCUGGGUUCCCCAUUUGGGCCAUUUGUCAUGCGCUACCCCCAUGUUUUCCUCCAUCCCCCUAACGUGCAACCAUCUAUUGAUCUGCAGGCAAGGAUUUUCAUAUCGAACACGCAGGAACUUGGGUCUAUUCAACCCACAAAUGUUACUAGAAUUUGAUUUCAACUCCAAAACGACGUUCAUCCCAAUUCAGUGAUCCAGCCGUCUCGCUUUUCCACACCAGGACACGAAUCAGUGCUUGGUAUGAUAAGCCAAUUUGUUCCACCGGAUAGUCCUUCCAGCGGUAGACUGACCUAUCGGUGUUGAUGUCACAUCCAAAUAAUGGCGCAGAGGAUCUGCAGUGUUUCUCUAUUCAAUCGGCAUGAAGCGCAA